AUGCCACAGCGUGUGCAGCACUACAAGGGCCAGAAUUACCGAGCGCUGAAGGGAGCCUGUCGACGGGACAAGAUUCUGUUUGAGGACCCCCUCUUCCCGAUCUCAAAUGAUUCCAUCUAUUACACCCGAUCCCCUCCUGGGAACGUCGAGUGGAAACGCCCGAGUGAACUGUGCACGGAUCCACAGCUGUUUGUGGAUGGGAUCAGCUCCCGGGAUCUCAACCAGGGGAGCCUGGGAAACUGCUGGUUCGUGGCCGCUUGCUCCUGCCUAGCCACAGAGCCCUCCCUUUGGAAAAAGGUUAUCCCGGACCAUAAGGAGCAGGAAUGGGAUCCGAGAAAGCCGGACAGCUACGCCGGGAUCUUCCACUUCCGUUUCUGCCGGUUCGGCAGCUGGCUCGAUGUGGUGAUCGAUGAUCGCCUGCCCACCGUGAAUGGCAGGCUCAUCUUCUGCCACUCCGACAACAGCCGGGAGUUCUGGUGCUCCUUGCUGGAGAAAGCCUACGUCAAGCUGAAUGGCUGUUAUGAAGCUCUGGAAGGGGGCAACACGGCCGAUGCCUUGGUGGAUUUCACCGGGGGGAUUUCUGAGCCGGUGGCCCUGGCCGAGGAGAAUUACAGCGCCGACCUUGAGAAGAGAAAGAAGCUCUACCAGAACCUCCUGAAAGCUCAUUGCAGAAGGUCGCUGAUCAGCUGCUCCAUUCGGCCUGAGUCUGGCGAUCAGCUAGAGGCCCAGAUGGGCUGUGGUUUGGUAAAAGGUCAUGCCUACGGUGUCACGGAUGUGCGCAAGGUACGGAUUGGUGAGGGCCUUCUGUCCUACUUUAAGAAGGAGAAACUGUACAUGAUCCGAAUGCGGAACCCAUGGGGCAGCACAGAAUGGAAAGGCCCAUGGAGUGAUGGGUCUGAAGAGUGGAAUAAGAUCAGCAAAAUGGAGAGAGAGAAAAUGGGGGUGACGGUCCAGGAUGAUGGAGAGUUCUGGAUGAAUUUCGAGGAUUUCUCCGCCUACUUCACCGACAUGGUGAUCUGCCGGCAGAUCAACACCUCCUUGCUCAGCUUCCACAAGACCUGGUUGGAGGCCACGAGGUCCGGCGAGUGGGCCGUCUGCACCCACCCGCUUCAGAACCGGAGUGGGGGCUGCAUCAACAACCGCGACACCUUCCUCCAGAACCCUCAGUUUGUGUUCAGCAUCCCGCGCGAUGACUCCGCACUGCUCUCCCUGCAGCAGGAGGACAGGAGGCUGUAUCGCAAAGAGGGCUCGGGGCAAAACCUCUCCAUCGGAUUCGAGAUCUUCAGGGUGGAGAUGAACCGUGAGUACCGGAUGCACGCGCUGCAGCAGAAAGUCACGGGGACGACCUACAUCAACUCUCGGAGCGUCUUCCUCCGGGCCGAGCUGAAGCAGGGCCGCUAUGUCGCCAUCCCGAGCACCUUCGAGCCCGCCCAAUCCGGAAAGUUCCUGCUCCGCCUCUUCACCGAGAGGGCUGCCAAGCUCAGGGAGCUGACACUGGACCAGCCCAAGCCGUCGUUUUGGAGCUGUUGCGUUGGUUACCCGAAGCGCGUGACCUCCGUCCAUGUCCACAGCGCCGCCGGGCUGCAGCUUCCGGAAUCUUCCAGCAACCCUGAUCCUUACGUGGAGAUCAGCAGCGAGGGAACCAAAGUGAAAUCCAAGGUGCAUAAGUCAAACUGUAACCCCGACUUUGACCUGAAGGGAUUGUUCUACAGGAAAAAUGAGAAGAAGCCCAUUAAAGUUCAGGUUUGGUCAAGCGGUUUCCUGAGAGACGUGUUCCUGGGACAGGUGACCAUUGCAGCAGGCCUGAACGAGAGCGGCUCGAGCUGUGUCCUGCAGCUCCUGGAUAAGUCCGGCAGGCAGUACAAGCCUGGCUCCCUCCUCAUUGAAGUCUCUUCCAGUGAUGACCUCACUGCCUUGUGAUGUACUGUCCCUGCGGGAAGCCUAUCACAGUUGAUCAGUUCAGUGAGUGCGGCUCCUUCCUCCUCCCCAUCUCGGGGUGAAGUGAGGGUCUGACAGGAUCGAAACUGGCGCCGUUUCUCCCUCAAAUGAC